AUGUGCUACUAUGGCAGCUACUCUGGUGGCCUGGGCUAUGGCUAUGGCGGCCUAGGCUGUGGCUAUGGCUGUGGCUAUGGCUAUGGUGGCUGUGGCUAUGGUGGCUAUGGUGGCUAUGGUUAUGGCUGUUGCCGCCCCCUGUGCUGUAGAAGAUACUGGUCCUAUGGCUUCUACUGA